AUGGCCCUCCUGCGCGAGGCCCUCCGCGCCAGCCAGACCCCGGAGGAGGUCGCCGCCCUGGUGGAGGCAGCCUACCAGUCGCUGCUCCCAGAGCUGCCCGCAAUUACCGCCGCGCUGUCUCGAGCCGCCGCGGCGGCCGCCAGCACAGGCAACGGCGGCAUCGGUGGCGGGGCCGGAGCGGCACGGUCCGAGCCCCGCCGAGCAAGCCCCUGGGGCGGCUUCACAGGGUCCCGCAGGGCCGCAGGCGGCGGCGGCAGCGGCGGCAGUGGCAGCAGCUCAGGUGUGGGAAGCAGCAGCUACACCAGCGGCAGCGCGUUUGGCAUCGGCGGCAUCAGCGGCGCGGCGGGCGCUGGCGCUGUGCCAUCACAGCAGGAGCAGCCGUGGUCUUGGGAAAGCGUCAAGCACCUACAUGCCUAUGGCCUUGGAUCACUCUUUGAAUACAGCGCGGCCGCCCGCCCAGAGUCGCGGGCGCCAGGCGCGGCGGCAACGGCAGCCGAGGGGGCAGCAGCGGACGCCGCCGCGCCGCGGCGCGGGGGCAUGCGGCUGGCGCAGUGGGCCCUCGUUCUCCUGCUGCGGCGGCAGCUGCUGCCGGGGCUGGCCGCCGCGCCGCGCGUGUCGGACCCAGCCUUCAACAACGCUGACCUGGCGGUGCUGCGGUUGCUUGGGCUGGAGGGCCACAGGAGUGAGGCCCUGCUGAGCGCGCCCGAUCGCACCUUGGUGUACGCGCCCUGCUGCCCCCGCGCCGUCUAUUCGGGCCUCGUGCGCGCCAACUGGAGCGUGGAGCAAUUGUCACGCAUUGCGCUCAUAUCCACGAGCCUCUCCAGCCAGGCGGCUAGCAUUUCGCUUGUCGCGGCACUCGAGGGCAGCGGCAGCAGCGCCAUCAGCCGGGUGGAUGGCGGCGCCGGCGCCGGCGCCGGCGGCGGCGGCGUGGGUACGGGCGGGGGCGAAGAGGAGCUGCACUCGCUGCUGCACCGGCGGGGCGGCGCGGUGGAGGCGCUGCUGCCGGACGCGGGCGGCGCCCACGGCGUCGGCACCAGCGUGCACCUGUUCCCUCGGGGCCGGCUGCUGCGCACGGGGCUGUUUGGGGAGAGCAGCAAAGAUUGA